AUGAUCGGAGAAGACGUCUGGCUAGCCGGAUCGUCGAUUUCCAACCGGGCCGCCAGUAAUCAAUUUGCGAAUUCGGAGCCGACGGAGGGCAACGAAAAGGGGGCGAAAAAAAUUGCGUUGAUUGGUUUUGGCGACUGAAGGACGUUCGCUUUUGUGUCGGAGCCGGGGCGCUUCCCAGAUGCGUUUGACCGAUGGCCUCCAGACAAGUUCUUCUGGUGGGGGGAUACCGGUGAGGAUACUCGGAAAGCUCAACUCAAGGCAAGAAUCGGAGGGACAAAGGCGUCAGCCGACGCUAAUGAAAAUCCGCCUGGAAAUGAUCCGUGA